AUGGAGAACGCAUUGGCAUUGGUUCGUGAUGAUGUUGGAGUCUGGAGAGACCAAGAUGGUCAUGUGUGUAAUGAGAGAGGCCAGCCUGAGCAAUUCUAUGCAAAUCGAUCCGCGAUUCACGCUCCUGCGUUUCAGAGGAACGAUUUUGAGCUCAAGCAUGUGUAUUACACUCUUGUGGGUCAGCAUCCUUUCCAUGGUCUUUCUCAUGAACACCCGAUGGAUCAUAUCGAGAGGUUUGAGGACUUGCUGUUUCCUUAUUCUCUUGCUGGAGAAGCAGCUAAUUGGCUGAAGCAGUUGGAGCCUGGAUCACUGACUAAGUGGGAAGAGACCAGGAACGCCUUCCUGCACAACUUCUAUGACGAUGCCAGGUCUGAAGAGUUGAGACUCAAAAUCUCAACGUUUUCUCAGGGACCAACUGAAGCAUUCAAGGCUGCUUGGGUGAGAUUCAAGUCAUAUCAGAGAGAUUGUCCACAUCAUGGUUUCAGUGAUGUUCAGCUGCUAGGUACUUUCUUCAGAGGUGUUGAUUGGAGAUAUCAGAUGGCUCUUGAUGCUGCAAGCAAUGGGAACUUCAACACCAGAUACCCUGAAGAUGCUGUUGUGCUUAUUGAGAACUUGGCAUCUAGCAAUAGUACCAAGAAUGCAGACUAUCAGCGAAAGAAACAGGGUGGGAACAUGGAUGGAUCGCAAAUUGCUCAGGUGAAGGCUAAGCUUGACUUUGUGCAUAGUCUUCUUGUGGUUAAGAAAACUGGUCAGAGAUUUGGUUCUGGGAAAGGGAACACGAAUUACAAUGGAAGUAAUCAGAGGAGUACCUUCACAGGUAAUCAGAACUCUUCUGGUUACAGCUCCAAACCUCAGUACCAGACAUCCUACUCCAACAACAGGUUUUCAAGGAACUAUGGUUCUCCUCCUACUCAAACUCCAGAUAAUGAGGUGAAGUCUAUGCUGGAACAGAUCUUGGAAGGUCAGCAGAAGAUGACUGUGGAUUUCAAUGGGAAGAUUGAUGCUCUGUAUCUGGAUCUGAAUGGAAAAAUUGAAGUUUUGAACACUCAUGUCAAGAAGCUUGAUACUCAGGUUGCUCAAACUGCAGAGUCUGUAAAAAGGCAAGAAGGAUCCCUUCCUAGGAAGACUGACACCAAUCCUAGGCAUUACUGCAGUGCCAUCUCGUCAAGGAGUGGUAAAAAGUUGACUCAUGUGCUUAAAAAGGGUGUUUAUGAGGAUGAAAUCGUGGAGUUGGACGAGUCUGAAGAAAAUUUUGAAGUUUACAAACCUAAGGUUCCUUACCCAAGGAGUCCUAGGAAGUCCAAGCAGGAGCUAGACGAUGCCAGAUGCAAGGCUUUGAUGGAGAAGCUUGUGACUGAGAUUCCUUUGGUUGAUGCUGUGAAGAUUGCUCCUACUCUCAGACACUAUGUGAAGAAGAUGGUGACUAAUAAUCUGAGUCAUGAGGAAGUAGUGAUGAUGAUCUCUGAACAGCUGUUGGAUUGCUCUAUCUUCUCUGAGAGGUUCAAGAGAUUGCUGUGUGAUCUUGGUUCGAGUGUCAACCUAAUGCCAUACUCUGUAGCUGUUAGCCUUGGGAUGACUGACUUCAAGCCAACUAAGAUCUCUUUGAUCCUAGCAGAUCGAUCUAAAAGAAUCCCAAAAGGUGUCUUGGAGGAUGUUCCGAUUAAAGUUGGUGAUUGCAUAAUUCCUACAGAUUUUGUGGUUCUGGAAUAUGGAGAGGAACCCAAAGAUCCUCUUAUCCUGGGAAGAUCGUUUUUAGCUACAGAUGGAGCGGUAAUUGAUGUCAAGCAUGGUAACCUUGAUCUCCACUUGGGAGAUACCAUCAUGACUUUCAAGAUGGAGAGGCUGAAGGAUUCAACCAUAGAUGGUCAGACAUUCCAAGUCAGUGCAAUACCUGAAGUGAUAGUUGGAGAUCAGAACGAGUUUGAUGCUGAGAAGGUGAGAGAUCAACCUGAGUUGAAGAAAACGUCUACAGAACCAGUGACUGCUGUUGAUCAGGGAGUUCAAAACAUCUCACUCUAUUCAUCUCCACCAAAUCAAAGGUCAAGGCUACACAAACACAGAUCCCACCCUGGUGCUAUUCCUGUAUUCCUUGUACGACCUCAUGGCGCACAACGCUUACACACCACCAUGGAUGAGACGAAUUUCACAGAGGCACUCUUUGCCACUGUGAAACAGAGGCUGGUGUCGAGCGACACCACUUUCGAUGUCGCUUGUCAUUUGCUUCUGUGA